AUGAAGUUCUACCCUUUCUUUGUCUUUGCCUCCACAAUUGUAGCUGUUGCUGCUGCUCCCAUGGGAGAGGCAUCAACGAGCAUUGCUCCGAUGAACGCCAAGGUCAAGUACGAUGUCUACGAUGGCCCUGAGAAGCGCAGCAAUGCCAAGGUCAAGUACGAUGUCUACGAUGGCCCUGAGAAACGCAGCAAUGCCAAGGUCAAGUACGAUGUCUACGAUGGCCCUGAGAAGCGCAGCAAUGCCAAGGUCAAGUACGACGUCUACGACGGCCCUGAGAAACGCAGCAAUGCCAAGGUCAAGUACGACGUCUACGACGGCCCUGAGAAACGCAGCAAUGCCAAGGUCAAGUACGAUGUCUACGACGGCCCUGAGAAACGCAGCAAUGCCAAGGUCAAGUACGACGUCUACGACGGCCCUGAGAAACGCAGCAAUGCCAAGGUCAAGUACGAUGUCUACGACGGCCCUGAGAAGCGCAGCAAUGCCAAGGUCAAGUACGACGUCUACGAUGGACCACAGUAG